UCCUCCCUCCCUGCAGCUGCUGGGCUGGCAAACAUUACUGGCCUCUGCGCCCUGCCUCUUUCCUUCUCCUUCCCGUAACAACCACUGUGAGGCUUUGAGUCUCCCCGUUCUCUGCUGUCGCCUUCCUGGUGUCACCGUCCCAGCGUCACUCUCCCAGCGCAGACCAGCAGGUCUUAGAAGGAUGGCCAGUCCAGACCCCUAUCUGCGUCAGCCCUGGCUCACAGUGCACGGCAUCCCCAUGGUCAACGCCUUCGCCCACAACUGGGAACGGAUUGACACCUUCCAGAGCCGCCCCGAGGACAUCGUGGUGGUCACCUUCCCCAAGUCUGGUACCACCUGGGUCAGCGAGAUUGUGGACAUGAUUCUGCAAGGUGGAGAUCCUGACAAGUGCAAGCGGGACAUUAUCAGCAGGAGAGUGCCCAUGCUGGAGUUCACUGCCCCCGGGAAGAUGGCAGCAGGAACAGACCUGCUGGCCACCAUGCCCUCACCCCGUGUGGUGAAGACUCACUUGCUGGCACAUAUCCUGCCCAAAUCCUUCUGGGAAAACCGCUGCAAGAUGAUCUAUGUGGGGCGCAACGCCAAGGACGUGGCUGUCUCCUACUACCACUUUGACUUGAUGAACAAGUUGCAGCCGCACCCUGGGACAUGGGCCCAGUACCUGGAGAAGUUCAUGGCUGGCACAGUGGCAUACGGUUCCUGGUAUGAUCACGUCAAGGGCUACUGGGAGCGCAGGAAGGAUCACCCCAUUCUCUACCUCUUCUACGAGGACUUGAAGGAGGACCUCCGCCGGGAGAUUGCCAAGGUGGCCCAUUUCCUGGGGCAGAAGCUGUCGGAGGCGGCGCUGGACACCAUCACCCGACACACUUCCUUCGAGUCCAUGCGGGACAACCCUGCCACCAACUACAGGCAGGCACCCUCUGACAUCAUGGACCACAGCGUGUCCCCCUUCAUGCGCAAAGGUGAGCAUGAAGUUCUGGGGGGCCUCUGGCGCACUGUCCCCCCCGGCCCCUGCUGA